AUGAACAUAAUAAGUUAUAUAUAUAUUUUGUCUAUUUUGGUUUUACAAAUUACCGGCAUAUAUGGUAUUUCAACGAAUGAAGUACUUCGAGACAAAAAAUUGGAAUUUAUAGAUUAUGCCAAAUUUAUAAUUGAUGAAUCAAAUUUAGUUGAUAAAAAUGAAAAAUUAUUGGGUAGUUCUUUAAGGACCUACAAAUAUUAUUUGGUAAAAAGCGCGACUGAAAUUAGAGCUAUUUUUAUUUAUGAUGAUUUUAAUGUAAAUAAAGCUGAUAUGUUGGAUGUUCCCAUUGAAAAUCAUAGAUUAAAUAUUAUAGAUUUAGACAAUAUUAUGAACCUUUUAUAUCCAUUAGACGAAACAAAUAUAUUUAGCGAAGAUUUAUAUAAAGAAAGAAAAAUGUAUUCGCUAGAAACAGAUUAUUCAGCUACAACAUAUGUGCUUAUAAAAUUUGUAUUUAAUGUAAAUAUUGAAAAUGAAGACGAUGAGUAUGUAUUAUCUCUUUUGAUAGGUAAUGAAUUAAAUAUGAAAAAUAAAAAUUUGGAAAUAAUAAAAAAUAAUAAUGAUAAAUUACCACAAAUUAAAGAUCAAAGAAUGGAUUUACAAAAUAAUGAUACCAACUUUAAUAUAUUAAAUCGAAAUAAAUUGCGCCCACAAGUUUUUACCCAAUUUAUUGGAGCAAUAAUAGAUUAA